AUGCCCGCCAAGUUCUACGUCGUCAAAGCCGGCCGUAAGCCUGGCAUCUACCACAGCUGGGAUGAAUGUCUGUCGCAGGUCAGAGGCUACAAGGGCGCCGCUUUCAAGUCAUUCCCCCCUNNACUCAAUGAGGCCAAAGCCUGGCUGAACGGCGCCGACACAACCAAUUCCUCAUCAUCGACAGCGUCUAGCAAACCCACCAAGUUUUAUGGUGUACACAAGGGCCACAAGCCAGGCGUCUACACUUCAUGGGCAGAAGCUCAAAACACAAUAGCAGAUUUCAAGGGCGCUGUCUACAAAUCGUUCAAGACUCGGGAAGAGGCACAAACCUUCUUCAAGAACGGUCAUCCGCCAAAGAGAGCAUCCGAGGAGCCUUCGCAAGCAAGCCCACCCGCCAAAAAGCAGAAGAAGGAUACAGAAGAAUCUGAGGAUUUGGUCGAACACAGUGCUGGAGAGGGUCCCUUGCCCGAAGGGGCUGAAGACGGCUUUGAUCCGCGCAUCACACUGAACCCUCUGACUGGCAAGGUUGAGUACAAAGAGCCCACUACCAAGUGGCAGGCUGUCAACCUGCAAGACAACAAACCAGUCUCUGCAGCNAAUCUGUCCGAGCCACUAUCCGGUACUCGUCAAACGAAUCAACGCGCCGAACUCACCGCCAUCCAACGUGCUCUCGAGAUCGCCCCACGUAAUCGCCCUGUCACCAUCUACACUGACAGCAACUACUCGAUCAAGUGCGUGACCGAGUGGUUUGUCAAAUGGCGGGCUAAUGGCUGGCUCAAUGCGUCUAAGAAGCCCGUAGAGAACAAGGAUCUGAUUGAGAAGAUUUUGACUCUGAUCGAGCAGCGAAAGAACAUGUCCCAAGAAACCAGCAGCGUCAACAAGGUCGAGUUCGUAUGGGUCAAGGGACAUGCCACCAACGAGGGCAACAUCGCCGCCGACGAGCUUGCUGUUGCUGGCGCACGUGAGGCCAGGGAGAUCAUCGCCAACCCUGACUUCGACGAGUCGUAG